AGCCGGGCCCGCCCGCCCCGCCCCUGGAUGCUGCUCUGCCCCGGCGCAGCCGCUGCCGAUAGCAGCACAGGAGUCGCCGCCGCCGCCGCGGUUCAUGUGGUUGGCCUGGGGCUGAGGAGGCCGCCAAGAUGCCGCAGUCCAAGUCCCGGAAGAUCGCGAUCCUGGGCUACCGGUCUGUGGGGAAAUCCUCGUUGACGAUUCAGUUUGUUGAAGGCCAAUUUGUUGACUCCUAUGACCCAACCAUAGAGAACACUUUCACAAAAUUGAUCACAGUAAAUGGACAAGAAUAUCAUCUUCAACUUGUAGACACAGCUGGGCAAGAUGAAUAUUCCAUCUUUCCCCAGACGUACUCCAUAGGUAUUAAUGGUUAUAUUCUCGUGUAUUCUGUGACAUCGAUCAAAAGUUUUGAGGUGAUUAAAGUUAUCCAUGGCAAGUUGUUGGACAUGGUGGGGAAAGUGCAAAUACCUAUUAUGUUGGUUGGGAAUAAGAAAGACCUACAUAUGGAAAGGGUGAUCAGUUAUGAAGAAGGGAAGGCGUUAGCAGAAUCUUGGAAUGCAGCUUUUUUGGAAUCUUCUGCUAAAGAGAAUCAAACUGCUGUUGAUGUUUUCAGAAGGAUAAUUUUGGAGGCAGAAAAAAUUGAUGGGGCCGCUUCACAAGGAAAGUCUUCCUGCUCGGUGAUGUAAUUCUGCUGUGGGCCCGAGGCCACUGGGACCCGUCCUGCCCGGAGACGCAAACUGCCCGUCAUCCUCGAAGAUAAACUCUGCUUCGUUUUCCUUCUGUUAACCUGAAAGAUUUAUUUGGGUCAGAGCUUUUUCCCACCUGCCCCCCUUUCAGAUUAUGUUGAACUCUGACUAUCCUUCUGAGUUCACUUCCACUUUCAAAUUUUAAGCAAUCAUAUUUUCAUUUAUAUAUUGUAUUUCUUAAUAAUAUUAUGACCAAGAAUUUUAUCGGCAUUAAUUUUUAAGUGUAGUUUGAUGUUUAAAAUAAUGUAAUCAUCAAAGAUGCAUAUUGUUACACUACUAUUAACUAGGCUUCCAUAUAUCAGUGUUUAUUUCAUUGUGUUAAAUGUAUACUUGUAAAUAAAAUAGCUGCAAACCUUAAAAAAAAAAAAAAAAGAA